AAAAAAGCGUACGUAACGUAACGCUAAAAGUUUAUUAAGGUACGCGUGAUUAAAGAUCACGAAAUCCUCGUGAUUCAAAUAAAAUUAAGCAAUUAAGCCAAUUCCUCCAUCGAGACAGAAUUUUAUUGAUUCGCGACAAUCGAAAAAGGUAAAUUAAAAAGGAUAGAUAAAGGAAGAGAGAGAAAGAAAGAGAGAGAGGGAAAAACACUAAGACAUAGAACUUUCGUGGGUGGCUCUCCUUCGAUCACAAGCAAAGAGCAUAAAAGUCGUAAGUAAUGUCACGACUAAUGCUCUGUAAUCUUGCGAAUACGUCGACCGGAGGAAAUGAUACGAAUAACAACGCGAAUACAAACAGCAGCAUGGAGGACGACGAUUCUUAUCCACUGCCAACGAUCUAUCGGUGUCGUGCACCCAUAGCCAGCUUGGAUUGCAUGGAAGAGUUCAACGGCGGUGGCGGUGGUGCGGAGACAGGCGUGCACUGCAGCAACACAGCAGGAACGAAAGAGCAGCUACUGACUAGCUGCAUUGCUGCACAAGCGCAACGUCUACAGCAUCCUUCGCCAGGUAUUCGGUAUCGCAACUUGGGGAAAAGUGGUCUACGUGUUUCCAAUGUUGGAUUAGGUACUUGGACCACCUUUGGUGUAGGGGGAUGUGGCAACGAGGAAACCGCCGAAGCCGUCGUUGCUCUCGCAUACGACAGCGGCAUCAAUGUGUUCGACUUGAGCGAAGCCCAUAGCGGCCAUCGCGCGGAAAUACAAUUUGGCCGGAUUUUAUUGCGUCGUGCUUGGAAUCGCUCGAGCUACGUCGUUACGACGAAAAUAUAUUGGAAUACGAAGACAGAGGGACGAGGACUAUCGCGUAAGCACAUUAUUGAAUCUGUGCAAGCGUCCUUGGUUAGACUGCAGUUGUCCUACAUCGAUAUCGUCAUGAUUCACAAAGUCGAUCCAAUGUGCCCAAUGGAAGAGAUAGUACGCGCCAUGAAUUACGUGAUAAGCAAAGGUUGGGUAAUGUACUGGGGUACAUCACGAUGGUCUCCUGUUGAGAUCAUGGAGGCCUAUACGAAUUGUCGACAGUUCAAUUGCGUCACGCCGAUUGUCGAGCAAGCCGAAUAUCAUCUUUUUUAUAGAGAGAAACCUGAACUAUACAUGCCAGAGUUGUACAAUAAAAUCGGUGUCGGUUUAAUGGCAUGGUCCACGGUCACUAUCGGAAUGGUCUCAUCCAAGCCGGAAGAUUGCGGAGUGUCCUUCCUUUCGAGGUCUUCUUACAAGAAUAAAUAUUCUUCCUUCAGUUGGACGGAAGAUGAAACGCAGUCUUUGUAUAAGGAGGAAUAUGCUUGGAAGGACAAAUCGGCGGAUGAAGAGACACGAAAAUAUUCAGAUAAAUUACGGGACGUAUGUGCUCUUGCCGAAAGGCUCGGAUGUUCCUUUGGACAAUUGGCCAUCGCGUGGUCCCUCAAGAAUGAAAGUGUUCAGUGCCUUCUCCUCGGUGCGUCCAAUAUAGAUCAGCUGUAUGAGAGUCUUCAGAGUUUACAGUUAAUCCCAAAGCUAAAUGCGACCGUAAUGAGUGAGAUAGAGAGGAUACUUGAUAACAAACCGUCCCGGCCACCGAUGGUGUCGACUCUGGCACUUAGAUGACAAUCGAUUUGCCCCCCCGGCAGUGGUGGGGGCUCUUUAGACGAGGGAGGAAGCCCGAAGAGCGAAGGUGGUAACAGUCAAGACCAGGAACAAACAAAGGAGGUGAACAACAAGUUGUCCUUCUGCGAGAUACAAUGAACAUCAUAUACGGAUAAAUGAGAGAUACACAUACACACAUACACACACACACACACACACACACACACACUAUGUGCAC